UGAGUGCCAAGUUUGCAGGAAUCUCGAACCAAAGACUUGACUGAGAGUGCCAUUAUUAGUGAUAUCGACUACUAAUGUUAUACGCCGACUCAAUGCUAUAAAAGCGACUGACAUCCUUUCUUUGCUAGAGAAAGUUGUUAUCAAAGCCUACCAUCCCUACUCAUCACUUGCCACAUCUCUGCCAUCCAGCAGGUCUCUCGUGCGAAUUUGAUUCAUCGACUCGCACCAGACGAAACUAAGUCAACAUGCCUCUCACUCUUGUUACCGGUGGAAAUGGAUUCGUUGGAGCGUCGAUCGUCUCAACCUUGCUCGCCAAAGGGCACAGCGUCAUUCUAGCAGUUCGCAAUGCUUCAUCCGCAGAAGGACUGGUUUCAGUCCAUGCGGACUGGCCACGCGACCGCAUAACAAUAGCUGUGGUACCAGACUUCACAGUGCCUGGUGUGUUCGAUGAGGUUUUCAAAUCCAACCCUUCGAUCGAGUACGUCGUCCACGUAGCGGCCCCAUUACUCGACGACCCGCGAAACACCGACUUUGUUGAGCAUUUUGAGAAGCCCAGCGUUGCAGGGAACAUUUCUCUCCUUCAGAGCAUCAAAACCUUUGGAUUGAAUGUCAAGGCUGUCAGUGUCACAGGCAGCAUCAACUCCAUCACUCUGGGUGACCAGGACGAUGUCAAAGCACGAGUAUUUAGUAACACUGAAUGGCUCGCACUGGGCCGCGACGAUGCAAUCAAGGCACAGAAUAGUUAUAUCUCUUAUUGUGUGGGCAAAAAGCUUGCUGAAAAGGCCGUGUGGGAUUUUAUCGAGAGAGAGAAGCCACAGUUUACCGUCACCAACUUCCAGCCUCCUUUGAUCUUUGGCCCCAUGGAACAGAAAGUCGACAGUGCCGAUAAGAUCAAUUUUAGUACCUCGCAGAUUCAAUCCAUCUUGAACAGCGGCAAGGCCGAGGGCGGCAAAGUUCCAGCAACCAUGUUUCCUGGUUAUAUCGAUGUUCGAGAUCUGGCAGACCUACAGGUUCUUGCCCUGACCACGCCUGCGGCUGCCAACCGACGCUUCGUUGUAGGUCAUACUAUGUUCUUCAAUGAUUUUGCCGAUGCGUUGCGCAAAGUGCCCGAGUUCGCAUCUCGAAUCGGAGAGAACAAUGAUGAUCGCAGUGUUUUGACGCCGGCAAGGUUUGGUACACAAGAAGUGGAUGACGUCUUCCACUACAAGUACAGAAGCUUGGAGGAGACAGCAGUAGACACGGCCAAGAGUAUUCUAGCGGUGGAACAGAAGUAGUGGUCAUGAUUCUGUAGGUGGAGUGGUCUGGGGAAGUUGGAGCUAUGAGGAUUGGAAGACAUGUGUUUUGACGAGCUACGGUUAUUAAUGACUGCUGCAGCCGAGGGGUCAUGUUGAUGCCGAUUUUUCUUUCAAAACUGGGCAUAGG